GAACUAACUUUGUUGUGACCACCAUGCGCACUGGUCAGAAAUAUAAACCAUUGACCUAAAUGAACUGGUGUUUUGUUAACGCGCAGUAUGGCGAAUGGGAUCUCGUCUGCAAAUAGGGCGCCGGAAGUCCGGUGCGUCAUGUGACCGCGGGGAGCUAGCCCGAGCGAGACGCCCGCAGCAUGGCGCCCAAGUCCCUCCUGUGCUCGUGUUUCGCCCUGUGCCGGCAGUGUUGCAAGAAGAAGAGGCAGCGCUCGCGGAGUCUGAUACCCUCCAAGAAGAAAGGCAGCGGGGGAGCGGGCGCCGGCGGGGGCACGACGGAGGAUGAUGAGGAUGAUUACAGUGAGGAUGAGGAGGAGGAGGAGGCAGAGGAGGACGUGGAUAAAAAUCCAGUGGGGGACUCGCGGUACAGCGCUUUUGAUUCGCCACUUUUUCGUCGCAACAGUGUCAAUGUAGACCCAGAUUCCUCCCUAGAACGUGUAGAUGGAGAGCGACGCGGUAGUCUGCCCUUGGUGUCACCCUACAAUGACAGCAUGGAGUCGGUCUCGACCUCCACCACGUCCAAGUUGGCGAAUUUUUUCACGAAGAAAGGAUUUAAGAGCAACAUGAAGAGGACAAAAAGCGCCACAAAGCUUGACCGGAAGAGGUCAAGUCCUAACCUGUCAGAGAACGACACCACGUCCCUGAUGGGAUCACUACGAAGGAGCAUGAGCCUGGGCCGUCUGAGCCGCAGGAAGGGGAAGAGCGCCCGUGAGUUGGCAGGGGACAGCGGCAAGAGCCCUCACAACUCCUCCCCCAACCUCUCAAGGAAGAGCACUCCGCAUGCUUCCCCAGCAUUGUCCCUCAUCAAUGCGAGAAUUCGGAGCUCACGAUCCCAUGAGUCCCUGCUAGCCAGUCCUCCCAGCAUGCAGUCCUUCGACCUCCGAGACCCGGACGCCGAGGUCAAGCCUCUCCACAGCAGCGUGCUCGGUCAAGGUCACUGCUUCCGCGUGAACACGCCCCAGGGCAGCAAGGUCAUCUCGUGCACGGACUCUGGUGAACGGGACAAAUGGCUCAACAGCUUGAGACGAGCCAACCGACCCCACGAGGAACAUUCCCGACGGUCAGACAGUUCUCUCAAACUCUGGAUCGUAGAGGCGAAAAAUGUGGCUGCCAAGAAAAGAUACUUCUGUGAGAUCCUGCUGGACAAGGAACAGUAUGCCCUGACCUCUCACAAGUCUAUGACAGACAUGCUGUUCUGGGGGGAGCAUUUUGAGUUCAAGAAUUUGCCAACUGUGGAAAUUAUCACCAUCAAUCUGUACAGGGAGGCGGACAAGAAGAAGAAAAAAGACAGGGACUUGUUGAUAGGUUAUAUAAAUUUAAACCUCAAUGAAAUGGACAACAGACAGUUGAUAGAAAAAUGGAUAACUUGCAACUCAGGAACGGUGGGGAAGGCAGGCAAAGAGACCAAGAGUGAUCUGCCCAUUAUCAGACUGAAAGCCAGGAGACAAACAGUAGACAUUCUGCCUCUAGCAGCGUACCAGUCUUUCACAGAGUACCUUACCACUGACUACAAAGAGCUGUGUCAGCUGUUUGAGCCACUGCUAGCUGUGAGAGAGAAGGAGGAGUUCGCCACCAGUCUAGUCUACAUCCUACAGAAACAGAGCAAGGCUUGCGAAUUCUUGUCAGACAUUGUCAUGGAGGAGAUCUCUAGACUUGAUGAUGAGCAUUUAACAUUUAGGGGCAACAGUAUAGCCACUAAGUCAAUGGAGGCUUAUAUGAAACUGGUUGGAGAAAAGUAUCUAAAAGACACAUUGGGCGAUUUCAUCCGGCAACUCAUCAACUCACCGGAUGAUUGUGAGGUGGACCCCACCAAAGUGGCAACUCCACAGCUUUUGCUUUGCCAGCAAAAAAAUCUGGACAUGUACUGUACCAUGGCCUGGUGUAAAGUCAUCAACUCUUUCUGCUAUUUUCCAAAUGAGAUGAGAGAAGUGUUUGCCAGCUUGCGUAAUCGCUGCAGUGACAGGGGCAAGGUGGACUACAGUGACAACCUAAUCAGCGGCUGCAUAUUUCUGCGCUUCCUGUGUCCAGCUAUACUCUCACCUAGUCUGUUUAAUCUCACACAAGAAUAUCCCAAUGAAAGGGCCUCAAGAAACCUGACACUGAUAGCCAAAACCAUCCAGACCCUAGCCAACUUCACACAGUUUGGGGGCAAGGAAGAGUUCAUGCUUUUCAUGAACGCCUUUGUUGAGAAGGAGGAGGCCAACAUGAAGGCAUUUUUACACAAGAUCUCUAGUAAGGAACCAGGGAACCAGUUCCUCCAGUUUGAUGGCUACAUUGACCUCGGCAAGGAGUUGUCUGUCCUGCACUGUUUACUGCUGGAGUGUAUGGAGAAAUAUUCUGAGACAUCAGGGAAACAGUUUGAACCGUUGAGUAAAAUCCUUAACACACUAUCCAACGCUUUUGACGACCCCACUCUGGGACAGAAGAAACCCAACAGGAAGUCACAAAUCUACGACAACCUUGUCCACAUUCCCAGCCCAGGGAAGGAUUCUCCGCAGAACAAGGUGGCGCCGCACACUAAACCAAAGCCUAAGAACAUGACGGUCUCGUCCCCCACAGAAGCGCUGAAGGACAUGCUUCGUAUUUGUGGCGAGUCUGUCGAGGACCUCCCAGCACUGGCCAACAGGGGGAACAAAUCUGAUGCAGGGGAGGUAACUACCCAUACAAAUAUUACCUCGUCUACGCAUACCAUGGUUUCGAGUGUGAAGGGAACUCAUCAGGUUUUUAACAAGCAGUCGAUCAAUGAGACCUGGACGCAAAUGGUUAACGCAGCCGAUAGAGUAAAAGGGGAUUUUGUUGACUUAGUUCCUAUCCCGUUUAUGGAUGAGGAUAUGCAGUGUUCAUCACUAGACAUGGAAUCUAAUACAGUAGCCAGUCAGGUGUCCAGCCAAGUGUCAACUCUAGACUCGUCUGGCUACCACUCCCUGGGGCGUAGCCAAUCGCAGUCUGACUCCCCAGUUGACUCUGGGGGUCAAGGUCAGGUCAUUGAGUUGACCCGGGAGGUCACGCGCUCCCCGAUCAUUUACUACCCAGCAGCUACCCAGGUUCAAGCCCCACAGCCUCUGGCGUUUGCAAACCCACUCUUCCGCCAUCAGCAACAACCGCCUCGGCCAGCCCCCUUCAAACGCAACGGCAACGGAGUUGAAACCCACCGUGGUAUGACUCUGAGUCAGGCCCACACCGUUCUCCGUAAAUCCAGUGACUCCUCUCUAGACAGCAGCGAUGACUCCUCGUCUAAACCCCAGCUUGCUUUUGUCAAGACGUCUGCGGUUGAAUCUUCGGACUACCACGCAACGAUAGCGCCGUUAAAAAACCUCUCACAGCUGUCAAGUUCCAGCAGUGAUGACAGCCUUGACGGGCCGACUAGCUUGAACGUCGCCAUGAACAGCUCCCAUUCCUCAGCUUUUGUUCACUCAACCUCGGCCAACUUUAUUUCAUCCAAGACUUCUUCCAAAACCUCCUCGUCUGUGAUGUUGUCGUUAGGUAACAGUGCCAUGAACGGGUGCAGCACCUUUCCCCGGCGCCAUAACCGUCAGCAGGAGCAAACAAACACAGCCACUGAUGUUAGUCCGCCGCUACCCCCGCGGGAUGCGUUGGUCACUGCGGAUUCGGGAUCCCCCGGAUUAAAAGGAUCCAUCUACCACAGACAGCUGUCCAACCCCGCCCACAGCCCUGCCAGUGUUCAAAACCCUCGGCCCACGAGGACAUUUCAAAACAGGGCCGGGCUGACCACCACCCCAACUGGACAUGUACAGCAGAGGAAUUUCCCUGGGAAAAAUUCUGUGUUUCAGAGUAAUGUGGAUAGCAACACUCAGAGACAAGCCCAGAAAGUAAGUAACCCAGGGCCUAAAGGAUUUAGUUCAUCAAACAAUAGCCCUGCUAGUCAGCACAAGCUGGAUAGUCUGACCGCUAGCCCGGGGUUGUACAGGAGCAACCCCCUUGCUAACAGCUCCAAUAUCAACUCUCCUUCUCUGAACUCCCGCCCACAGAACAUCACCCACAGGCCGCCCGUGUCCUCUGGGGGUGGGUGGCAGGUGGCCCAGCAUGUGGAGAGGUCAAGCUCCUCCCACGAGUCGAGCAGCAGCAGCGACUCGUCCCCACAGAGCCUGGUCAGGUCGACCCAGCACAACAUGCACGAGUCCAGCAGUGCUCACAGCAUCAGCUCCGCCCCCUCGUCCUCCCAGCCCUGGGGGUACACCCCCUCCCACAGUGAUUCUAACAGUUCAAUCAGCAGUCUGACCAAAAUCAACCCCCGCGCCCCGGUGCGGAGUGACUCCAGCGGGUCUCUGGGUGGACUUAACAUUUCUAGAAUCUCACAAACCCCGAGUGACUCAAACAGUUCCAUGAGCAGCGGCAACAACAACACCAGUGGCUUGACCGGUUCAAAUCCUUCCAGCACCAACCAGCUGGACAACCAUUACUUCAACCACGUCAACCCUUUCAGUGCCAGGCUCUCGAGUGUCAGCGACAGCCAGAUCCACACCAGCUCGCUGCAGUCCAACCCCCUGCCUCAGCCACCAGCCUUUCUCACAUCCAAAUACUCCGUGGUCCACCCCCAGCCCACCAGCCCACGGACGGAGCGGUCAGCGUCCUACCACUCGACUACAGACUCAGCCAGCUCUGGUUCCAGCUCUCGCUCAGCCUGCAUAGCCUCACGUAGCAUGGAUCUCGGAUUUAUCGGCAAAAACCGAGGCGAGCCUCUCAAACGAGCCUCAACAGAUUCAACCCUGAGCCAACCUGCUGGAAGCUUGUCCCCAACUGGGCCGGGGCCAUCUCGGCCACUGUCCAGGGAUGAGAGCAUGCAGUCCACGUCAUCGUCAAACAACGCAGCCAAUCGCAGGCUCUCACCCCAGUCCACAGUACACAUGGGGAUCAGCUCAGUGCAGAGGAAACUUCAGGAGCAAGAGAGAACUAAACUUGAGUACGAGCAGGAGGUCCAUGUCCUACGUCAGCAGUUGCUAGAAGCCCAGGAGAAGCUGCAGCAGGCGGAGAUGAAGCUGCUGGACCACGAGGUAGACACACACAAGCUCCUGGACGAGUGGCAGUACAGACUGGUGGAAUCGGAGGAGAAGAUGCGGAGACAGCAGGCGGAGAAGGACGAGCAGAUGAAGGCUAUCAUGACCAAGCUACACACCAUUGAAGAAGAGCUGAAGAGAGAACAGGCCGAGAUGGCCAGCGCGGUAGAGCACAAGCAACAGGUCAUCGAGGUCCAGGAACAGAGGAUCCGCAAGCUGGACGAGGCCAACAACAAACUCCAUCAGGCGCUGGCCGACCUAAAGGCUCGGGCCGCUAGAGCCGCAGAUAACCAGGACGAGAACAGUAACUCCGCACUGGACAACAGCUGUAAUGGGGUGGACAUUAUAACAACUGAGAUAGCUGGCUUCAAGACCAGCUCGUGCUAGCUACGAUAGGUGGUUUUUUCAGGGUUCAGUGCUAGCUAUGAUGGGUGGUAUUUUCAGGGUUCUAUGCUAGUACUAUGAUAAGUGGUAUUUUCAGGAUUCAGUGCUAUCUCUAUAAGUGGGAUUGUCAUGGUUUAGUGCUAGCACUAUGAUAAGUGGUAUUGUUUGGGUUCAAGACCAGUGGUAUUAAGGGAUGUUGUUAGGGUUUUUUAUAUUUAAUUAAAUAAAACAGGGUGGUCUAACAAUGAUGGGUUGCCAUUUUUAAGGUUGGUGUAAUAAUAGUGGGUUGUCAUUUUAGGGUUAUUGUAUUGAUAGUGCUACAGCAGUUCAUCUGAUAAAACACAUUUUAUUACAAUCAUUAUAUUUCAUAAACUAUCCAAAUAUUGAAUAGGGCAUUUAUUCCUUUACUAGACAACAGCACCAAUUCACACUAUUUAACUGACUGACCAGAGUCUAAGUCUAGUGGUCAAACUUUCACCCUGUACAUAUACUGACCUGUACAGCAAGCUACACUCAUCAGCUUUAAAAAAAAACAAUGAUUGUGCACAAAAAUUCUGUUUGUUUUAAUAUUUGUUUUAAUUUAUUAUGUCACUCAUUAUUGUGGGUUUAAUGAUCAUACAUUAUUCGCCCAUUUUUCUUUCAAACUAUUUAAACUGUAUGAUCAAUACUUGCCAUAAAAUGUACUUAAUGUUUUUUUUUAUUGUGUAUAAUGUGUUCAUCUUCAAAUUUUGUAGAUGUGUGAAUUUUAAUGAAUACUGGACUUGUACCAUAAAAUGUGUAUAGAAAUGACAAGAAAACCAACACUAUUUGCUUAUAGUCUUAACCUACCUGUAGCCUGUCUGUUUUUAUAUUAAUUUUCUUUAAUCAAGUGUUGAAAUUACCUUCUAUAGCAGAAGUAAGGCUUGACCAAAAUUGUAUUAAUUAUGUAAAUUACCUCUAGACAAUCAACACAUUUUGUGGUUUUGAUGUAAACACAAUUUUUAUACCAAACUUUUUGUUUUGUUUUAAUGCUCACAGCAAGGGUAACUAGGGGAAAGUUUUGUUAACAAAAUUAUACCAAUUAAUUCACAUGGAUUGUUUAUCAGAAUAAAAUUGUUCAUAGUUGUGGAUGUGUUUAAUUUGUAAGGUACACUCAUGGCUUAAUAAGUGUUUGUAAUAACAGCUUACAUUGGUUGAUUACACUUUAUGAUGUCAUGGAUGAUCUAUUUAUAGCCAUGUAUAGUUUCCUGCUGUGACAUCCUGUUAAUCUAGGUCAUGGUCAAGUUACUUUCAUUUUGUUACUAAACUCCUCAUAAGGCAUUUGGCAUAAUAGCUUAACAAGAUAUUUUAACUUUGUAUUAGUUAUUUAUUUUUUCAUCAGCUAGUGACUUCUUAAGCUUUAAAAUAUUUUUUUACUUUUUUUUUGUUGUCAUUUUGUUUGAUUUUGAAAAAAGUUUAAAUUUAUUUGAACUUUUGGUUCUAAAAAUCAACCAAUAAAUGAGUGUUUACUUCUGUUAAAACAUCUCUCAUUGGUUGUAAAUUAACCAAUGAAUGAGCUUGUUUUCCGCUUGUCAAGUAUUUUGGCUGUGGUGCAUUGUACAAAAAAAUCUAAUCCACUGAUUUGUACAUUUCUGUUGAUGUAAGUCCUUGGUCUGAGUGUGUAGGCCUUAAGGACCUAUUGUUUAGCAUGUAUGGGACCUAGUUCUAUGAGACCUAUUGUUUAGCAUGUAUGUUGGCUAGGUCUAUGAGACCUAUUGUUUAGCAUGUAUGUUGGCUUGGUCUAUGGGACCGACUGUUUCUUGUAUGUUUGUGUAUAAAGAUUAGUUUAACCGGGCAAGUCCAGUGUCCUAUGAAUCAAAAUGUGCAAUACUGCUUCACCUGUGAAUACUACUGUACCUUGGCAUGUCUCUGUUUAUCUCUAGAAUCUCACCAUUCUGUUUCCCAUUAACCAUGUCCUGUUUCCUCUAAGUAUUUUGCUGUACAUACAUGGGAGUGUUGUUACAAUUUUCUUGAUAUAUAUAUACUAGCUUGUGUUCACUGAGAAAGUUCAAAAAUAAUUUUUCUUCAAAUUAUUUCACAAUUAUGGAACUAAUUAUUAAAAGAAAGUUGUUUUUUUUUUUUAAUCUGUUUAGCAAUAUGUCAUUAAAAAAUAUUUUGUCUUUAGGGUAUUUGCUUUGGACAGCAUAUUUCGUCUGUAUAUGUUAGCAAGAGGUCCUACACUAGCUAUAUAUGUCUGUUGUUGAUGUUUGUGUAAAUAAAUGCAUCUCUCACCAAUUGCUGUCAUGAUCUUGUCCAGUGUCUUGCUAUAUCUAUACUUAAUUAAUCAAUUAAUUAAUUAUCCACACUUGGGUAUAAUCAGCUUCACAACAAUAUUUGACUUUAGGCUUGUAGAAGAUAGUGAAGGUAAUUUAUUGAUGGCUUUUCUCAGCUGGUUUCUUAUUGUAUGGUCUUUUAUGUCCAGUCCUGGUGGCCAUAUGUCCAGUCCUGGUGGCCAUAUGUCCUGUCUUAGUGGACAUAUGUCCAGUCCUGGUGGUCAUAUGUCCAGUCUUGGUGGUCAUAUGUCCUGUCUUGGUGGCCAUAUGUCCAGUCCUGGUGGCCAUAUGUCCAGUCUUGGUGGUCAUAUGUCCUGUCUUGGUGGCCAUAUGUCCAGUCCUGGUGGUCAUAUGUCCAGUCUUGGUGGUCAUAUGUCCUGUCUUGGUGGCCAUAUGUCCAGUCCUGGUGGUCAUAUGUCCUGUCUUGGUGGUCAUAUGUCCAGUCCUGGUGGUCAUAUGUCCAGUCCUGGUGGUCAUAUGUCCUGUCCUAGUGGUCAUAUCUCCAGUCCUAGUGGUCAUAUGUCCAGUCUUGGAGGUCAUAUGUCCUGUCCUAGUGGUCAUAUGUCCUGUCUUGGAGGUCAUAUGUCCUGUCAGGGUGGCCAUAUGUCCUUCACCACAUGUCAUUCAUCAUGCCAGGUUAGUUACCUUUAAGCCUAGGGCCUAGUCUUAUCAUAUGUUACAUUUUGUUACAUGAAUAUACUACAUACUGUAAGCAUCUAUUUUUUAACUUGAUGUGAUAGAAUACGUGCAGUAAAUAUGACUCGUGUUUCAAGACCUUGUAUAAAAGACAUGAUUAUGGGGAAGUUACUGUAUGUAUAAAGUAGAUGUUGCGGAGUAUGAUGUUGUAGGGUCUAGGUAACACUAGCUAUAGGUUCUUAACCAGAUUUGGUGACACGGCUCAGUAUUGAAAGUGUGGUCAGACCCUUACAACACUAACAAUGUUGUUUUGAAAAAAAAAGCUUGAUUAAUUAUCUUUGGUAGAUGAUCAUAUUAGAGAAAGGUUAUUAAAACAGAAUGUCUUUUAACAAUGGUAUCCUUGAUGAAAUUCUCAUUAAAUUUGUCUUGAUUUUGUGCCAGUUCUUUUAGUGGAUAUUUGCUGGGGUACAUUGUGGGAUAAGGCAUUAGCAACAUUAUGUAACAAAGGUGGGAAUAGUGUGGGAUAAGGCAUUAGCAGCAUUAUGUAACAAAGGUUUCUGAGUUGUAGCUGAAUUAUGUGUACAGUAUUUUAGUGAGAGUCACCUGCUUAUACUUGAAAAAAAAUAUGUUGUAUAUUUUUCAAUCCUUGUCAGAACCCCAACAUUAGGUUUAUUUUGCAUUAAUAUUAAUCCUUGUCAGAUGUUAGGACCUUUGCAUUACAUGUAUGAUAUGGUAAGCCCUACAUAUAAUUUUGACAGGACUUUUGUAUUGUUAUUUUAGAAACCUUGUCAGGACCUCAGAAUUUAUAUGUAAAUUUAACCUAGUUAGGACCUCAAUAUGGGCUUUAGCUUUGUGUGGUUGGAUUGUAUUUCACUUAAACAUAAUUUGUUAUUAAAAUGUUAUUGGAAUACGACUUUCAUAAAUUGAAUAUUACUUGUCACCAUCUAGCUUAAUUAAAAUGGUUAACAGGAUGAAACAUGGCGUGUUAAUUAAGGUAAUUAGUGGAACAUUGCAUAUCACUGGCCAGUUUGGCCGUUGGUAAACCACAUAUGUUGUACAGUGGAAGCUUGUGUGUGCGUGCGUCUGUCUGCUUGUCUGAAAGUAGAAAAGUUUAUUAAAAAAAAUUCAAAGGUU